UUGUAGUGGUCCCGCCUCCUGAGUUUCUGGGUGAUGGGUCAGUUUGUUUUUCUGCAACAGAUCGAGACUUGCUUCACUUCUGCAGAGUCACCACAGGAGUUGCAGACCAGCAGAGAUGGCAAAGCUCAUGGAAGAUGAGGUAUUUAUGGCUUUCACCACCUAUGCAACUAUUGUCAUUCUGAAGAUGAUGCUGAUGGCGCCUAUGACUGCAUACCACCGCAUAACCAAAGGGGCUUUCGCAAAUGAGGAAGAUGUAGCUAUGAAGUCUGCAGAGGAGAGGAAGAAGCUGCUGAGAACCGAUUCAAAUGUAGAGCGAGUCCGAAGGUGUCAUCUGAAUGACCUGGAGAACGUUGUUCCCUUCGUGUUGGUUGGCCUGCUCUACGCUCUGACUGGACCCGACCUCUCAACUGCUCUGCUUCACUUCCGCGUCUUUGCUGGCUCUCGGAUCUUCCACACCAUCUCCUAUGUCUACGCCUUCCCUCAGCCCUGCAGGGGUCUGUCCUUUAUGGUGGGCAUGCUGGUCAACAUGUCCAUGGUUUACAGGGUGCUUAACACAGUUCUCUUGCUUUAGAGACAAUUCUGGACGGGAAGACCUUGACCUCUUAAUCACAAGCUCAUCAUUCUAACAUGAAACCUGAAUCUGUGUUUUACUUUACUCUUGCUGCAGCUAUCUGUGAGCUUGACUAUGAAAUGUCCAUUGCACUUACUCUUUGCAUUUCCCAGAACCACUGUCAUGGAUGGAGGAGGUGUUUUGAAUAAAGCUUUCUAUCAAC